AAUGCACACCAUGACACUCUUUGUGCUUCCAGAUAAAAACAUGGACGUCAGAAAGGGACACUGCUGGCGCUGCGAGAAACCCCUACCCAAGCAUCCGACCAAGUGCCGCGGGUGCCCCCAGGCCGAAUACUGCAGCAGCGGAUGCCAGGGAAAGGACCAAGUACGACACGGCAGUGUGGAGUGCAAGCUGUUUGGGCCUAAGCCGUGCAGCCACUGCGGCAAGUCUGGACUAACCAAGGAGUGUGCAAGUUGCAACCAUGCCUGGUACUGCGACGCCAGAUGCCAGCAUACCCACUGGGCCACUCACAAAGAGGAAUGCAAGAACAUCACCAGAAACGUGAAGGGCACAGCCCCACUGGUCGGGCAGUAUCACACAGAGAAAGGGGGGCAGAUAUUCCGGACGGAGGAGCCCCCGGCUUACAUUGGCAACACCAUCGCCAACAACUUCCUUCGCCUGGAGGAGAACGAGUGGUCCGAGCUGGCAGAUGUCGGGCAAGAGGAGCUGGCAAGGGAUUACCAUGUGCUGUCAGCCGGUUGCGGAGACCUCAGGAACACUGUGUUGACUAUUGCCUCCUUGCCUGCGAGGUACCGGGGACGGCUGGACGUCACUCUAGACGACUUCGACCCCUUUGUGAUGGCCAGGAACGUGCUGUCUCUCUUCAUGAUGGCGCGGUAUGCAACGCGGGACGGCAUCGCGUCGUCGAUGGCGACCAUCUGGUACUCAAUGCACAUCUCCGGUUCUGAAUAUGAGCUCAUCCGGGCCGCACUGCAAGAACUUGUUGAGAUGAGUGUUGACGACUUGCGUAAUCAAACCCAGGGUCUGGUGAGCAUCGGGGAGGCUGAUGUUGGGUAUCUGCGUGAGGUCUGGAAGGGCUGGCUGGCACUCAAGUGUCAACGCUCGGCAGGUGACUCUAUCAACCUCAAAAGACAAAGGAAGGAGAUCUUUGACGGGGACACGGACUUCAAGAACGGCUUCCAAAAGUACCUGAACCGGAUACCCGGAACAGAUGCCAAGUACAUGGAGGAAUGGUUUCAGCAUGGCUUGUUCCUUCCCAAGGAUGUUGACCAGUCUUGCCUCGCCUUUGAUAAUCCAACACUGACUGCGAGGCCAUCCGUAGGUGAAGCCUCCAAUGAGACACAGCAGAGGCUUGGAGUGACCACUCCCAAAGAGUACAGCUUUGUGUACAGCACCAGGACCGACCAGACACCCUACUUGGUCUGGGACUGCCUGAGAGUGGAUGAGCUUCAAAGCAAGCGGGGGUCGUCCGUCAUGGUCAAGUACCAUGCCUACGUGACUCACCUCCUGCAAAAGACCAUCAAGUUUAUCAGCCAGCACAGACUCGUCGUUCGCGUUUUUCUGGCCAACUGCCUGGACUUCCCCAACCAUCACCUCACUCUGGGGAUGCCAAACUAUGACCGGAUCUUCACAUCCAAUCUUGCCGACUAUCUCGGUCACUGCCGCUUGCUGAAGACCUUCAAACCGAUGCUGAACAGCGCCAACAAGCACUCCACCAUCGUGACGCAGACCUUGAACUGGAUGGUGUGCUUCAUGCCCGAAGCUAACGUGAGCGAGGCGUCAUUCCACGAUGUCGCAAGUUUGAGCCUCAUGUGCCAGAUGGAUACAGGUUUUAGUUAUAUGCUCUCCAUGGAUGUCGGCAAUCAGUUUGAGUACUACAACAACACACACUGGUUCCUGGCCUUCCUCCGCACCGAAAUCAUGGCAGGGGGAGUUGGGAUACCCGUCAUGGACCACGUCCCGAAGCUCAGCGAAGUGAUGCAGUACGAAGGGUUACGGAUGCGGGACUUCAGGAAGGAGCGGAAUAGACUGGUGCCCUUCCAGUACCGCGUCAACGCACGCAGGAUCACCAUGCUGAGAGGCCAUGAGAGGAAUGUGGAAUGGUGCCUAAAUGAUCCUAACACUAAAGAGUCCCAAUAGUUGAAAUGACAGAGACUUUUUAGGUACAAGAAAAUGUGUAUUUGUGGUUAUUGAGAGUUCUGCUCUGAUGUAUUCUUUUCUCCUCGGCACUAUGGACUCCAAGCAGCAACAAUAGAGGGCG